AUGAGUAGAAGAUUGUCAUAUCUCGACGAAUUGAUGAAUAACGACGUAGAAGAGGACGAAUGUUUUGAUUGGGAAGGCAAUGAAAAACCCAAAGCGGCAAAGCCUUGUGUUUUACCAAAAGAGAACGUCGAACCAGUUGUUGAAAGUGUCGUUAAAUCGCAUGAAAAAAUUGAGAAAGUCGAAGAAUCCCAACCGAAUUAUAUGAAUUUCGACUUUUACAAAGUAGAGCCGAAAAAAAAGGAGAGUGAGGAGAAGAUCGAACCACAGAAUGAAAUUGCGCACUGUGGGAAAACUCGGAAAGACAUCGCGAGGUGGAACAAACGAACGCAAACAAUGGACGACAACGACUGGAAGGCCGUUCGAAAUGAGUUUGACACGUCGUGUCGGAAACUCGAUUACAACAACAAGAAGAAGACGAUUUUAAAAGACUCUAAAAAGAGCAUUCAAUGGGAAAAUCUGGAUGUGAAAAAGAUACGAAGUAUGGUCGAGGACUUUGGUGAAAAGAUUAUUCAACCUCCUUGGUACGUCUGUGUUGUGUGUCGAAGACAGUUUGAUACUGAAGAGAUGUUACGACUCCAUUGCGAAAAGAGUGUGCUCCAUUAUGUCAACACUAACAUAUUAACAAGCAUCGACUAUGAAAUGACAGGAAGAACACUCAAAGUGGGAGAAGCCCCACAACAUACAACCCACCAACAGUAUCCAACGGAAAUACCAAACAUUGAAAAUAAUGUAGGAUUUCAGUUACUCAAACAAAUGGGCUUCGACCAAACACAAGAAUAUAACACAGAACAACAAAAUGUGGAAUUGAAGCAAACUCGGGCAGGUAUUGGAGCGGCAACUAAUGUUCAUCACAAGUAA